AUGUGGAAAUUGUUUAUGUUGCUUUGGCUCGCGCCGUUGAGAAUUAUAUUGUCACAACCAGUGCUAAACGAAAACACAAGACGUCCCAGACAGUUAAAUUUUGAAGAGUGUUGUCCUUGUCUCGAUUCAGGAAGUCCUAAUCAUGAUGUGUUCGGUGGUACAAUGGAAAAAGCAGCGCCAGAAACUGCUGAGAACUGUCCUUGUUGGGCAGCGCCGGAUUCAGAAUCCGCAUCAUCUAUCUUUACACCGACCUUGAGAGCUGUUGAACCACUUAUCAGGUCAGUCAAAGAAAAAAAACCUAAGCCAUUACUUAACCCAGAAGUAGGACUUGCUUCAUCUGUUUUACAAACUUUACGCGAGGUCACUGAUCAAGAAUAUCAAGAGGCAUUAGUCAGAGACGCUACCAGAAACGCACGUAAAGAUAUGGACCUAAAUCUGUUAGGCCAAGAAAGUACAGUAAAUACUCCAAGGAACAUUGUUAACAUUAUAUUACAACCAAAGGAAGAAGACACAUACGAUACAAUUCCGGAAUCAUCACAUGUACAGGAAACACGCUGUGUUGACCCUAACAAAAAGAGUUCUAACAGUUUCAACUACGAAAAACUUAAGCUAUCAAAUAAACCGUUAAGAAAGUACUCUCCUUUGACUACUGCGAAAGAUAGUAAAAGAUAUUCUGAUAUGGCAAAUAGCGCGAGUAAUGUACAAGAACAUGCGACCCUGCCUUUAAAAAAAUACGGCCUAGUAGACCUAACUAAACCAUCACCACGUGUGAACAUGGAUUUAAAAACCAACAACGAUUUAAUAACUAACACGGAUUUCACUGAGACAAAAGAUAACUAUAACUUCGACAACGUAGACACAGUAUCAAGCCCCUCAGAAAUUAAUAUGGUUAAAGAUCCCCUCGAUAAAAUUACUGACAGAGAAAACAAUUUAAGCAAAGACUGCGAAAUUAGUGAUGACAUUAGUACAAUUGACAAUAAAGACAUAACUAACAAUAUUCAAAAACCAAAUCUCCUUAACGAAACUGCAAUAAAAAAUUUCGAGGUAACAACAGCAAAGAAUGAUGAUGAAAUGGUUACGUCGAGUAUAGAAGCGGAUAAUGUUAAAAAUGAAAGUAAUGAGGAAAACGUGUGUAACGUCGAGGACUUAGAAACUAGUGCAAGCAAUGGUGGCCUCCAAAAAACUAAUAUAGAACAAGAAAAUAAUGACGAAACCAGCGGUAAUGAGCCUAAUUUCGAAGAUAUUAAGAAAGUUAAUGAAAACCUUCAUGAAAAACUAAAAUCUAAUAUUCACAAUCCUUUGGGGCUUGAUUUCAUUAACAGUGAUUCUUACAAAAAUACAGAAACAACGACGAGUGUACCUACAAAUAUUAUAAAGGUUGGCGAUAUUGAGGUGGACGAUAAUAUUAAUACGCAAGACUUACAGGAAAUGUCUGAUCGUUUACUUAAUUUAAGUAUAUCUGACAAUGAAGUAGAAAUGCAAGGACUUGACUCCAAAGACUUAACAAACACAAUAAGUGAGACAGAUUUUAACACGUCACCAUCAGAGUUAAAUAAUAUUGUGAUGUCUACUACAUCUUCAUUUCAAUCAACAGAGUCUACAGCUGUUUUAUCGGAUUCAAUUGGAAAUUAUGAUGAAAUAAUUGAUUUGGUGGAUGAUAUACCUAUUAAUGAAGAAAAAAACGAUGAUACGACGAUAAUCGAUUCCUUACCAAUAACAAAUUCUUGUCAAAGUGGUGCGUCAAAAAUUUUGGAUCAAACAGAAAUAAGCUUGCCAAAUGAUCAGAGUAAUGAAAUGAUAGCUGAAGCUAGCAGGCCCAUCGUUAAUAGUAUUCCAUACUCAAAUAAAAAUGUUAUUAUUCAACCAAAUUUCGAAUCUGAAAACCAAAAACCAAAUGUUAGGAUGUUACUGGAUGAUUUUAAAUCUUCGUUAUCCGGUGUUUUUAGUGAUAACAGAGACAUGAGUAGAAACGGAGUAAGGCACAAUGAGCAACCGUUUAGUGAAUCAAGAAAUAUUGAUACGUUCAAAAGCAUUUCAAACAAACUAACUGAAAAUGAUUUAUCGAUACCUAAUAAAAUAAAUAAUUUAAAUUCUUACAAAGCUAAAGUAGCUACUCCAGAUUUUCUACAAAUGAAAACUGUGCCUUCGUUCAUAAAUAGACAAGAAAGCGCCUUGCAACAAACAUUAAAAAAUAUUCCAGGAAAUAGUUUACAAAACAAUGGAUUAAAGUCAAAAAUACCGCAAACAACUACAGUUUUAGGUAAUAAAAGUGGUAUAUUGAGAACUUCACAUACAUUAGGUGGAAAUUUAAGAAAUGCUGGAGAAACUACGAAAUUUAAGAGUGGAUUUGAAACGAAGACUCCACUCAAGCAAGAGUAUUUGCGUAAGCCAGUAAAAGAAAGUAAAUUAGGUUUCUCUUUUAUUACAACAUCAGAGCGUCCAGACAUAAUGAAGUCAAGAUCAAAUUCAAAAUUAAUAAAUAAGUCGCUUCCGCCUACUCUGCGGUCCAAUUUGCCUAAAACUACGAUACCAUCAAAAAGUCCACUACAAAAGAGGUUAGAGCUCAUGUCAAAAUUAAAACCUUUCGAACUGCAACCAUUAGCGAGUGAUAGAUUUUCAUCACGCAUAGCGAUACCAGAUAGAAAAAUGGACACUUCGAAACGAUUACCUUCUUCUGGUUUGGAAGAAACAAUAAUACAAUCAGUUGAUGAUAUAAGUGAAGAUUCUUCAGUGGGAUAUGCAAUUAAAAUAAAAUCUCCUAAUACCAAAACGAAUAAAAAGUUUACAGAUAGUGGCAUUAAUAAUCUAAAAUCACCUGCAAUUUUAGAUCCAUCGCAAUCGGCUUCAAAUAAUAUGAACAUGGUGGUAUCAAGUGUCCUAGAAAAACCUUUAAAGGAAAAUGUUUCAUACAAGUGUAAGAUGAUUUGUUAUGAGGACGAGUCGCAAGUAAUGAAUAGAUAA